GUUGCUAUCGAGGCGGUGUUAGCUGGCGUCCUGCAUGUGUGUGUGUUUCCUCUCUCUCUUUCCUCACUCUCACUCUCUCACCCACUCGGCGUACACACACACCACGCGUCUGACGUGUCACGUUCGGAAGUCAAUCUUUUAUCUCGUUAAAGAAAAGCCGUAGUGAGUCGUGAUGACUGCCAUCCCAACGACUGACUUUGGAAAACGUACAGAUGUGGAGUUUUAGACGAUCAGUCGAGAUAAUUAACCGACAGUGAAUCACAAUUCGAACUCGAUUUUAAUGGUGAACAGCUUUGAAAACUAGACUAUCAUUAUUUUUUUCUAAACGGAGAAACAUUACUCCAAAAUUAGCGCGAGGUUCCGUCGACCGCAGAAAAAGUAUUUAAUUUUUUUUUUAUUUGAAAAAGUGAAGUGUCAUUUUUUUAUGUGACUUUCUGGUGACAUUCGGGUUUCCUAACGUUUGAGAAGUAACAGAAUGGAUUCGCGAAUAGCGGACUUGAAGCGAGGUGUGGAGGAGCUGGAGAGCAGAGUGUCAUCCUUAGAAGAAAUCGUCGUCGACGAGGACGCUCUGCUCAAUGUCAAAAUUCACCAUACGCUCAACUCGAGUCCUAGUCCCAAGGCCAACAGUCCAAAGGGUAAAUCACAGAAAAAGGCAGCAAAAUCCGGCGCUGAUGGCGAAAAGAAAGCAUCUGCCUCUCCAAAGCCAAAGAAAAGCGCGGGAACUGCCAAGGAGAGUAAAGGCAGUUCUAGUGAUAAGACGAAAACCCCCGCUAGUGAUAAGGAUAAAGGAACAAAAGUUCCAUCAUCUGGAAAGAAGGCUUCAGAAAAGGCCAACAAGACCUCAGUUGCAGAGAAGACGCUCCAACAACCAGGGACAAAGAAGGCAACAAAACGCCCUGCGGCAGACAAGGCAUUAGAGUCGGAAAAAAGAGCGAAACAAGUAGCCUCAGAGAAAGCUGACACAGGGGAAAAGCCUGCCCUGGACCCAAAAUCAAAAGGUACCACAGCAGGAAAGAGUAAAGGGGCUAAGGGUAAAAAUACUUCCAAAAAAGAGACGGCCACAAAAGUCAACAAGGCAGCAGCUGCAAGUACCAAGAGCCAAAAGGGGCAGGUUUUAAAAGGUGUUCAGGGCAAGACCGGCAGAGUAACUAAACGCAAAGCGGCUUCAUUUAAAUUCUACAUUGACUGCAGACAACCUGUGGAAGACGGAAUUAUGAAUGCUGCCGAUUUUGAAACCUACCUACUUGGCCACAUCAAGAUUAACGGCAAGACAAAUAAUUUAUCAAAUAAACUACGACUUGAACGAAAUAAAGAUAAGAUCAUCAUUCAUGCCGAAGUCCAUUUUUCAAAAAGAUAUCUCAAGUAUCUAACUAAAAAGUACCUCAAGAAGAACAAUCUCCGUGACUGGUUGAGAGUGGUUGCGCCGCCUGGCGUGAAAGAUACCUACGAAAUUCGUUACUUCCAGAUCAACAAUGAUGAGGAUGAUGAUGAUGACGAUGAUGGCGACGAAUAAGUUUUUCCCAUUUUUGUCACUGGAUGGAAGAGUGACAGACUACUUAAUAAAGGGUUGUUGUAAU